AUGAAGAUCUCAGGGUCAAUUUCGUCAAUCUUCCAUCUCUGUCUCCUCCUUCUCAUCCUCAUCGGAACGUUAUCGCCAUCUCACGCCGUCGACGACAAAUGUGCUGCCUGUAAAGCUGUUGCGGGAGAGCUAGAGAUUGAACUUGCCAGUGAGAAGCCGCGGAAUCAUUUGGAUAUGCGCCAUCGUUUGGACUCUAAAGGCCAACGUCAAGGAAAGUUAAUCGAUUACAGAAUCAGCGAGUUAAGAGUCGUUGACCUUCUUGAUGGGCUCUGUGAUAAGAUGCAAGAUUACACACUCAGGAUAUUUCCAGAUUUUCAUGAAUGGUACAAAGUGGGUAACUGGGAUAACCUCAAAACAAAUAAACAAGAAGCUAAGGCAUAUUCGAAAGAUAUCUCUUCUUAUUGUGGAAGAUUACUUGAAGAAACAGAAGAUGAGCUGACUGAAUUGAUAAAGAAAGGAUCUGUUCAAGUGGGUGGUGUGACCAAAGUUCUUUGUCAAGAUUUGAGCAAACAUUGCAGUCAGACGAGUGUAUCACAUCAGGUGGUUGACGACGAUGAUGAUGGUGAUGACGACGAUGAUGAUGGGGAGCUCUAA